GUUUUGUUUGCCAGAACAUCAAAGCCAAACCCAAGUAGGGCUGUAAACCUUGCUUCAUCUUCGACAACUUGUGUAAGUACGAGUUGUUUUCUUUUUCUAGUUCUGGGUAAUGUUGAGAUGAUGUUGACCGAGUUAUAACUCACCCUUGUGUUGAUCUUUUUGAAUACAAAUUCAAAUAAGUACAAAUAACCAUGCCUGCACCUGCGGAAUCCUCGGAGGCAUUGUAUCCUUCAACCGCCGAUCUGAGCGUUCCGAAGAGCCCAUUGCGCGUACGAUUCGACCGAGAUGAGCUUAUCACGGGCGGCAGGGGCGGUGGCUUUGAGAGAGGUAGGAGGGUGACUUCUUCUAUAAUAGCGUGCGAUAGUAGUGCAUCACUUCACAUCAUGGUCGCGCCUCUUUUUCAUUCUCUUGCUACUUUCUUUCCUUCUUUCUUUCUUUCCAUGCCUGGGCAUGGCAUCAAUUUUUCUCUUGCUACUAGGGGAGGAUGAAUGAUUUCAUAUCGCAAGCAUUAAAAUUGCAACAUUUUGUUCCACUCAAAACUACCUAUCAAUCCGCAGCUCCUUCAUCUUCGCGCCCGCAGUUCAGUUUCGGGGCGGCAUCUUCCAUUAUCGAGCCAGCAGAUCGCACCAACGUCUUCAUGACUGCCAGCGGGGCAUCGUCGUCGUCGUCCCAGCACCAGCCGGGGGAACUAGCCGGUGCACACCAACCUCCUACCUCGGCAGCGCGGGGGCUGUUUUCGGACAUAAUACCCCAGUUCGGAGUGGAGACGCUUGCGAGCAGUGGCAACAAGGGACUUGUUCGGAGCGGAAAUAGUUCUAGUGGUUCCUCUUCAGCAACGGCUGGUCCAACGGGCUUCGUUCCACAAGGCGCGCAUCAGCCGAUGGUGAUGGACCACACGCCAACCGCAUCGGCGAGCUCUAGUUCGUUUCCCUACAACUCGAGGAGCAAUCCCUUCGCGGCCGGGGGUGAUACAACUCCAUAUGAUUAUACGGGUACUAAUGGUCGUAACCCCACCGGCACUAUAACCAUAACCCGCGGCAGAAGCGCACAACAUCUUCACGCGAGGACCUCCUCAAGCGCGCAGCAGCUGGUGCACGACCAUAGUUCAACAUCAACAUCGUCCACCAAGCAGCAGCAGCAGCAAAAAAUGCAAGAGCAGCACCAAGCGAAGAUCAGCGAAAUGCAGAGUUAUCUGAACUAUGAAAUGUAAAAAUGUCUGGGUCGGGAAGAUUGCAACUUGUCAUGCUGUCUUUGGAUUCCAAAAAAAUCUGUAUUGCGUGACCAGCAACAGGAGUCCAGUUUGUGUUACGCGGAGAGGGCAUUUCUCAUGCAGAAUGGGCAUCAGAAAGACCUCUAAAAAUCUGUGAUGCUAGAUCAUGCAUUAGAUGCAUCAUGGAUCAUACAAAAUAUGCAUCCCAAAUCCCGGAAUCUUCCAGACCCAGACAUUUUUGCAUUUGAUAUGAACAACGGCGAUCUGUUCAAAAAUAAAAUCAAACUAAUGUCCACCGAGAGUCUACAAGAGAGCCUAACCAACGCGAAGCUUCUGGGGAUCCCCCCCGUCCACGGGGACGAACAGCAGGCGGCGUUUUUGUCGGAUUUGAUUCACCGGUUCGAACAAAAGAUCAUCGGGGCAGUGGGUGCGAAGGUGCAGCAGGAGAUGAUGACGACAGGAAUCACAUCAAAUAAUAGUGGUCCGGUAGUUGGUGGAGCUAGUACAUCUACUGCAUCUACUAAUUCUGCUUCCUCAACAGCUGGCGCAGUGUCUGCUGGCGUCUUGGUUGACUGGUAUUUGCAAGUACAGCAGAAGCAGCACCGGGAACAACAGCAUGCGGGAGUGCUGACAUCUGCAGGAUCAAGUACACCCUUGACAGCUUCGCAGACAAACGGCACCUCCAACCAGCAAGACGCGCACCGUCUGCAGCAAGAGGAGUCUGCGAUUGACGCCGAGAUUCAGAAGGUGUGCGCCGACAUUUCGUCCACUCUAGAUCAUAGCCGGAGUAGAACAUCAUCAUCCAUCGGAGGUGGAACAAGUGGAGCUGCUGCUGCAAAUAGGAUCAUGAACAGUAGGGACAGCGUGACCACAGCCGGGCUGAAGGAAAAGAUUGCGCAGGCCGCGUCGAAGAUUAACCAGCUGGCAACGGAAGAUUUGGACCAGGUGGGGCAACCUGUCACUAUUCGAACUGGGGCCGUCAGGCCACCGAGGUAGGACGAGUAAAAGUUGAGGAACAAGCGAUCACAUUCGUUGCCACGAUAUUACGUCGUGGAUCAGUUGUGUAGUGUACUUCUAUGUGAUCUUCUACAGCUUUUGCUUUUCCGACGGAAAAUGGCGACAGAAGACAGCCCUCGGAGAUCGAGAUGAUGAACAAUCUUGUCGAGGCUUGGGUGUAUGUGCUGCAAUUCUUUCAUCGAAGAUCUCCCCAAGAAUGACAAUCGGCUCAAAUAAAGAUGUACGCUGCAGUGUACGCGAAGAAAAUCAUGUACUACCUAUGUAGUGUCACCCUGAAAAAAGAACUUCGUUCUUAACGAACUUCGUUCUUUGGACACUCCGCUUGAUUUAUUUUUCUGACCUGAGCGCGCUAGCUACUGCUGCACGUGCAGAUGAAGCACUAUGAGGAUGAUCACAACUUCUUCAGGAUGUUGAUGCG